UUUUUCAAUCACUUAAAUCAAAAUUAAACUAAAAAUUAAAACAAAACAAAACCCUCCCCCAUCGAUCAUCGAUUUGUUCACGAAGACCCAAUUCCACCCAAAAUUUAAUUGAUUAAUAAUCGGAGCUGUCGAGUUCUGAUCGUGAGGAGGAGAAUGGAGCAGAGCAGGAGGGCGGUGGAGUCGUAUUGGAGGUCCAGAAUGGUGGACGACGCUACCUCCGAUGAGGAUAAGGUGACUCCGGUUUACAAAUUGGAAGAAAUUUGCGAUUUGCUCAGGUCCUCCCACCCUUCCAUCGUUAAGGAAGUCUCCCAGUUCAUUCUCAAGCGCCUUGACCAUAAAUCGCCUAUCGUUAAGCAGAAGGCACUAAGAAUCAUCAAAUAUGCAGUAGGAAAGUCAGGUGCCGAGUUCAGAAGGGAGAUGCAAAGGAAUUCUGUUGCUGUACGCCAAUUAAUCCAUUACAGGGGCCAGCCAGAUCCUUUGAAAGGGGAUGCACUGAACAAGGCUGUUAGGGAAACAGCACAGGAGACGCUAUCUGCUCUAUUCACAUCGGAUGAGAGCAAAGCUGCACCCACAGAAAGUAAACUUGGUAGUCGAAUUCAAGGAUUUGGAAAUACCAACUAUGAAUUGCCUUCAGAAGAAAAAAAGUCCUUCAUGAAUGAAAUUGUUGACCUUGGAAGUGCAACAAUCAAACAUGGACUGAGUAGUUUGGCACAGUCCCCAUCUCUGCGAACAAACAAUGAAACUGGGAGUUACAGAAGUCCAACUCUUCAUCGAUCUUUGGGUCAGGAAAGUGAUCACUCUAAAAGACAUGAAGCAGUUGAUUAUAAUGCUCACACGCAAAACUCUUCCCGAUUCUCCAAAAAUGCUGGUUCUGGAAAUUGGGGCCAAGAUUUCAGUACGUCUGAGGCAGAUACUACUAAUAGAGUCUAUGAAUCAACUUAUAGCAAAAAGACUCGUGAGGAGAAACUGUUAGAGACAAUUGUAACAUCUGGUGGUGUCCGUUUACAGCCUACUCGAGAUGCACUUCAUGGCUUCUUGAUAGAUGCUUCAAAGUUAGAUGCUUUGUCUUUAGCACAUGCAAUCGAAACAAAGCUGAAAUUACCUAUGUGGCAGGUUCGCAUGAAAGCCAUUUGCGUUCUUGAGGCACUGCUGAGGAAGAAAGAUGAUGGGAAUUUUUAUGUCAUAUCUUCUUAUUUUAGUGAUAACAGCAAUGCAGUGAUACAAUGUUCUGAAUCUCCCCAAGCAUCUCUAAGGGAGAAGGCAAAUAAGGUAUUGAGUCUUCUGAGUGGUGAAAAAGGUGGUGGAGAAAAUAAUCAAGUUGAAAGAUUGGCGAAAACACCACAGCCUUCGACGAUUCCCGACUUACUAGAUACCAGUGAUUCCCACGAUCUUAUGGGGGUGGAAGAUUCUCAAAAGGCCGAGACCGAGCCAAGUACUUCAACCGCUGGACCUUCUACUGCUCCAUUGAUUAAUGACUUAUUGGGGGACAGUUUUGGUGGUGGUGAUAGCACCAACGGGCAGAAGGUCGAUGAUGACCCAUUUGCAGAUGUCUCCUUCCAUACCAGUCUUGAUAAGGGCCAUGAAAAUGAUUUCUUCUCUGGUAUGGCGAUAAACAAGUCGGAAAUUAAGGAUGCCCAUGUAGCAGCUAGUAGAACUGAAUCUGAACCAUUUGACUUUUUCAACUCGAGGUCCCAGGAGCUUGAAAAUGCUGGAAAGGAUUUUAAUGACUUGAUGGGCGAUUUGUCUAUACAUGGAAACGAACCAUUUAAGAAGCAAAAUGGAAGUAGUACUGAGAAGAGCCCAGAACAUAUUCUUUCAGCUUCCAGUAUUCCCCAAGAAAACAACGUUCAUAACAUCAUCUUGAAUAGGGAAUCUGCUUCUCAAGCUGCGGUGGUCAGUGCAGCUCCCAUGUUCCCUAUGGGUGCUAUGGGUUAUAAUUUUCCACCAGGGUUGAUGUUCAAUCCUGCAUUAGCUUCUCAUGCAAUGAAUAAUGUUUCCAUGGAGAAUCUCUUUGCUCAACCCCAGUUCCUUGCUGCAAUGUCCAACUUUCAGCAGCUAGGGCAUCUGCAAUCAAGCGCAGGUUUUAGUGCUGCUGGGUCGGUUGUAGGAAAUUCUUCAGCCUUCCCCGAUGUUUUUAAUUCUACCAUUGCUGCCCAACCUCCGACUUCACUAAUGAACGACUCGAAAAGAGAGGACACUAGAGCAUUUGAUUUUAUCUCUGAUCAUCUGGCUGCAGCUCGUGACCCCAAGCAUGUAAAUUAAGUAUUUCUGUUGCUGUCUGGAAUGGAGUAACCAUUGACGUGGUUAAUCUUGAAAUUUGAAUUGAGAAAAAUAGUGGAGAUGUUUCUACUUUUGGCAAAGGGUCACAGUCAGAAUGUGUGUGAAGUCUUGCUAGAGUAUAGAAGGUGGAAAAGUUCACUGGCAGCAACGUUCAAUGGAAAUACGAAAAGGUUUCAGUAACUUUGGAGAUGUGCUUUUAUGUUCCAAGUUAUUUGAAAAAACAAAGUAAAAUUUUCCAAUGAGUUGCCCUCUCCGAUUGUGAUUACUUAAAGCAUUUUUCCAUGGUAAAAAAACCAUUACUGUGUGAUACGCAUUCUUCUAUCCGAGAUUGGAUAAAUCAUGUGAUAAUUAUUUGAGGCUCUAAAACUUCUGAUUUAUUGAUGACA